AUGCGUCACAACAUUAUCAGUCGUAUCACACUCACUCUCAAGGAAAUAAAAGUAAAUAUGGCCAAAAAGUAUUAUUAUGCCGUCCAAAAUGGACGUAAUGAAGGUGUAUAUGAUUCAUGGAAUGAUUGUAAAUCUCAAACCGAUGGUUAUGCUGGCUCAGUUUAUAAGAAAUUCUCAUCUUAUAGCGAAGCCCAAGCAUUCUCGAACUCCAAUACGGGGUAUUCUGGUAAUUCAUCUAGUAAUAGAGCUGGUAGUAGCACUGCCUCAAGCAGCAGUUACGGUAGUUCUUACUAUAACGGUGGCUACUCUAGUUCAUAUGGUAGUUCUAGUGCUCGAACGAGCAAUUCUAACCCUCGUUCCAAUACAACUUCUACUGUAAAAUCGAACUCUUCAUCAAGUUUUUCUUACCCAUCAUCGUAUUAUAAUAGUGGAAGCUAUGGAGGCAUCGCUAAGGCACGUUCUCCGACAUCUUCAGUCGCAUCAAAUUCUAAGAACUACUAUGCCGUAAAGAGUAACAACCCAGAAAUUCAAAGUAAAAUAUUUAGCAAUUGGGAUGAUUGUAAGUCCUAUGUUCAUAGACAAAAAGGGUUAUCUUAUAUGAAAUUUGGUUCUGAGGGUGGUGCCAAUAAUUAUAUAAGUGGUGUCUCUAAUGAUUCGACUGAUUAUGGUCAUAUAAAUGACACUCAGGAAAAUUUCACUCAAAAAUACGGUAUUGCAACCAAAAAUCAAAGAUAUUCCAAAUCUGCAAAUGUCUAUUGUGAUGGUUCAUCCUUAUCUAAUGGUACAAAUAAUGCAAGAGCAGGGUAUGGUGUUUACUUUGAAGGUGAACCUCAAAAUAAUAUUUCAGAGAGAUUAAAGGGAGGACAACAAACUAAUAAUAGGGGAGAAAUACAAGCAGUCUCUAGCGCUCUUGAAACUAUUUGGGGAAAUUUGACUUCAGCUGAAGAUAAAAAAGUUUAUAAGAUUAAAACUGAUUCUGAAUACGUUGUUAAGCUUUUAAAUGAUAGGUAUCACACUUACUCGGAUGAUAAGAUUAAUUCGUUACCUAACAAUGAUUUAAUUAAGCCUUUAAUUCAGAAUUAUGUGAAGGUUAAGAAAUAUUAUGAGAUUAAUAAUGAUCAUUUCGAUGAAGGUAAUAAAUUUGAAAUAGAAUGGGUUAAAGGUCAUGCAGGUCAUGAGGGUAAUGAAAUUGCUGAUGAGCUCGCUAGGCAAGGUGCAGCUAAAAACUGA